UGUGUGUGUAUGUGUGUGUGUGAGCGCCUCUACCUCCUUUUUCUCCACCUCUCCCUGCUGUGAGAACUCAGUCCCUCAGUGUUUUUUUUUUUUUUUUUCCUCCUCCGUUCCGUCCAAAAGGCUUCAAUGCUGCAAAGUUAAAUGCUGGAUCUAUAUUUCAGCGACCAUUUUUGGCUGUAAAAAUGCUGAGCGGCGUCCUCUUGCUGAGCGUCCUCACGGUCACCAGCCUGUCACCGUCCGAAACGGAGAGCCGCAAAACUUCAGCCUCCAAAGAUAUCUGCAAGACGCGCUGCGCCUGCGAGGAGCGAGAGAACAUCCUCAACAUCAACUGUGAGAAUAAAGGAUUUACCACCGUCAGUCUGUUCCAGGCGCCCCCCAAUAAAAUCUCCCAGCUUUUUCUAAAUGGAAACUUCCUGUCACGGCUCAGCGCCAAUGAGUUUGUCAAUUAUGGCAAUGUCACCUCGCUGCAUCUGGGGAAUAACGGCUUGCAGGAGAUCCGAACCGGCGCUUUUAACGGGCUGCGCUUCCUGAAGCGGCUCCACUUGAACAACAAUAACCUGGAGGUGAUUAAAGAGGACACCUUUGCUGGUCUGGAGAGUUUGGAGUAUUUACAGGCGGACUAUAAUUACAUCAGCGCCAUAGAGCCGGGCGCCUUCAGUAAGCUCAAUAAGCUCAAAGUGCUGAUCCUGAAUGACAACCUGCUGUUGUCUCUGCCUCCCAACAUUUUCCGCUUUGUGCUCCUCACCCACUUGGAUUUACGCGGCAACCGCCUCAAGAUGCUGCCGUUCGCCGGGGUUCUGGAGCACAUAGGCGGCAUCAUGGAGAUCCAGCUGGAGGAGAACCCGUGGAACUGCACCUGCGACCUAAUUCCCCUCAAAUCCUGGCUGGACACGAUCUCCGUGUUCGUGGGGGACAUCGUGUGCGAGACGCCGUUCAGGCUGCACGGCAAAGACAUCACUCAGCUCAUAAAGCAGGAUCUGUGCCCACGCAGGAACGCUGGCGAGCGCGUCCACCCCCCCUCCGACUCUCACUUCCAAGGGGCCCUGCCUCCGACCUACCACCCCGGCGUAAUCACCCCCACCCGGGCCCCCAAAGCUUCCCGCCCACCCAAAAUGCGCCACCGGCCCACCCCUCGCAUCAGUAAGGACAAACAUGUUUUUGGGCCCAUAAUGGUUUACCAGACGCGCUCCCCGGUGCCCAUGCUGUGCCCCAGCGUGUGUGUUUGCACGUCACAGAACCCCGACAGCGGACUGAACAUCAACUGCCAGGAGCGGAAGUUGCAUAACAUUAGCGAGCUGAACCCGAAGCCCUCCUACCCAAAGAAGCUGCACCUGACUGGAAACUACUUACAAGUGAUUUACAGAACUGACCUGACUGAGUACAGCUCGCUGGAGCUGCUCCAUUUAGGAAAUAACAGGAUAGCAGUGAUUCAGGAAGGAGCGUUUGAGAAUCUCACCAACCUCAGGCGCCUCUACCUGAAUGGGAAUUACAUCGAGUCGCUGUCUCAGUCUCUGUUCGCCGGCCUGCAGUCGCUCCAGUACCUGUAUUUGGAAUACAACAUCAUCAAGGACAUUCUGCCACAAACGUUUAACUCUUUGCAUAACCUUCAGCUGCUCUUUCUGAACAACAACCUGCUCAGAUCGCUCCCCGACAACGUUUUCGGGGGCACCAUGCUAACGAGACUCAACCUGAGGAAUAAUCACUUCUCCUACCUUCCGGUCCGAGGAGUGCUGGACCAGCUGUCGGCGUUCAUCCAGAUCGACCUGCAGGAGAACCCCUGGGACUGCACCUGCGACAUCGUGGCGCUCAAAAACUGGAUGGAGCUGUCCAGCACCAGCGUGGUGGUGAACGAAAUCACUUGCGAUUCGCCGUCCAAACACGCAGGCCGCCUGCUGCGCUCGCUCCGCAACGAGGCCAUCUGCCCCGAGCCCAGCGAGGUGCCCCCGCCUCAACACGCCCCCCCAACUAAAGCCCCCACGUUAAUCAGCCCCGGCACGGAGGCCAGCACCCCCACUUCCUCUCCCUCGUCCUCUUUUAGCUCCGUCAGCCCCACCGAGUCCCGUAUCCACACCCCCGAGCUGCACCCCGAGGUGCCCCUGUCGGUGCUCAUCCUGGGGCUGCUGGUUGUUUUCAUCCUGUCCGUGUGCUUCGGCGCAGGCCUCUUUGUUUUCGUCCUGAAGCGGCGCAAAGGGGUGGAGCACGUCCCCACGGGCGCCAACAACUUAGAUCUCAACUCUUUCCAAGUGCAAUAUGGCUCCUACACGCCCGAACCGACCCAAGACAAGAGCUCAGAAAGCCACGUCUAUAACUACAUCCCCCCGCCCGUGGGCUCCAUGUGCCAAAACCCCAUUUACAUGCAGAAGGACGGCGAGCAGGUGGCGUACUACCGCAACCUGAAGGAGCUCAGCUUCGGGCCCCUGGAUGCAAAGAAGGACGACAUCCUGAGCCGCAGCCCGGGGGCCUACACCAUCAGCACAGUGGAUUUUAUGGAUAAAUCGCCGACAUCUUGUGGUUUGACCACCCCGGAGCCUCCUGAGAUGUUGUAUCAAAACUUAGGGGAGAGGCCUACCAAGGAGCUCCCCGCGGCCGCCCCUCCUUUUAAUUACAACUUUUGCACUUUGCCUAAGAGACCCUGCAUCGUGCCCCCCUACGAGGCUGCUACGGCCCGACGGCAUGUCACCAACCAGGACAGGUUGAACAAAACUGUGCUGUACGGGACCCCGAGGAAAUACUUUGGGCCCGAGUACCCUUCCAAAAACAAUGAGCACCCGCUGCUGCUGCCUGGGAAGCUAAAAACAGAACCAGACUACCUGGAGGUUCUGGAGAAACAGACUGCGAUGAGCCAACUGUAAGAUAGCGACAUCGGCCCCUCCCCAGGUUCUGUGCAGCAUUCAUAAUAAUCACGCAGUUACUGUAAUAAUAGC